GAGCUUCAAUACAGUACGACAUAGCAGUCCAUACUUUAGGGCGAGUACUGGUAAUCACCCAGCAGCGCUUCAUCACGUUGAUAAAACAUGAAGUCUCUCAUUGUUCUAUUCGCAUUCUGCGCCAUCGCGACGGCAACACCAGUCUUAGACACGCCGGAGGUAGCGCAAGCGAAAGCGGCGCAUCUCGCCACCCAGGCUUAUGAGGCCGCGAGGAACACGAUCGGUUAUGGAUGGCCCGGUUAUGGAUGGUCCGGUUAUGGAUGGCCCGCCCUUUAUGCACCUGCAAUUGCAUACGGCGCUCCCAUCGGCGCGGAUGGCCGAGUGAUAGACACACCUGAGGUCGCCCAGGCCAAGGCUGCCCAUCUCGCCGCUCACGCCCAAGAGGCUGCCAAGAUCGGACUGGUUCCAUACGGUGCACUAGCAUACGCCACCUCGCCUGCAUUCUAUGCUUACGCUCCACUUGGACCUGAUGGCAGGGUAAUCGACACUCCUGAAGUCGCCCAGGCUAAGGCAGCACAUUUGGCUGCGCACGCUGCAGCCCGAAAUGCUGUUUAAUAAAUUGUAAAGUAAUCAUUGGAAAUUGCGUAUUGAUAAAAUCAAGCUAUCUCUACCCAAUUACGAAAAUACAUGCGGAGACACUUGUGCCAUGAUUAACCAUGUUUUAUAUGGAUCUGAUGUGAGGAAAUUUUAACAAUAAACAAGCCAUUUUUAAAAAUUGUA